UAUCGAUUUUCCAAGUUAUACCAGUGUGAAAAAUAACAACUUGUUAAGAUUCCAUACCUUCGUCAUGUCCCACCUAAUUCUUACCACUUGCGCUCAUUGAUUUUGUUACUGCUUCAGAGUUUCUACUCAUCGUUUUAUCGUAUUUGCAGAUGUAACAAUCUUUGGCUUUUAUCCUUCUUUCGUCCUGCACCCUUACCAUAUACCUAUUCGUCCUCGCUGUGCUAAUAUGAGAUAUAAUAAAUAAAAUAGAUGUAUGUCCGUGCCAAUAUAUCUGUCACCUUUGUUUUACAUUAAGCUAAGUUUCUGAAUUAUCUUGUAAAAAUGGGUUGAAUAACAGGUCUAUAACGAGGAUAUUCACAUAAAUGGUUCACGUAGCAAUUCCUCGCAUAAUAACAUCUAUUAUUUUAUAUUUCUAGUAAAGUCAAUCAAGAGUCAUUGGAGGGUUACAAUCCUUUUUCUGAUCCAACCCCAAAAUAUGAAUCUUUAACACCUGAAACUAACGAAUCAUCUUCAGAUAAUCGAAAUAAAAAUUAUGUUUUCGAUAUUCCCCCACCACCAAUACCACCUACGGAAAUGUAUCCACCAUAUUCAAAAGCUACAGCUGGUGGUGGUAAUGAAAGCGUCUUAGCCUUGGAGCGUAGACAAGCUGAACUUGAAGCUCGUGCAGCCGAAUUAGAUCGUCGAGAAAAAGAACAACAAGCUCGUAUGAAUACAAUUCAUUCAGGUCCAAGUCCACAUAAUUGGCCACCAUUCCCUCCAUUCUGUCCAUGCAAACCAUGUGUUCGACAGGAUUUUGAAAAUGAUAUUCCAUUCGAUUGUCGAUGGAUGGCAAAAAUGGGUUAUGGUAUUUGGUUGGGCUAUGCUAUCUUGUUAAUAUUCAAUAUGUUUGGAGCACUAGGCUAUUUUAUUGUUGGUAACGGUGCAGCUGAAGGACCAUUGUUUGGUGCAUCAAUUUUAUUAGUGCUUGUUAUGCCACCUAUCAGCUUUUUCGGAUGGCAUCGACCUUUGUAUAAAGCACUAAGAUCAGAUAGUUCAGCGAAUUAUUUAUUAUUUUUCCUUUUCUUUUCUGGACAAACCGUUAUUAUUUUAAUACAAUGCCUUGGAAUUGAUUAUCUUGGAUCAUGUGGUUGGAUUAAUGGUAUAAAAACUAUGACUCGUAAUGAUGGUGUUGGUGUUCUAAUGUUAUUGAUUGCUACAAUAUUCAGUAUACUUGCAGGAUUUUGUAGUUUCCUGUUAUUUAAGGUAAAUUUUAAUCAUGGUUUUUCUCUUCUUUUUUUUUACUGUUGUUGUUAUUGUUCGAACUGAACUCUUUUCAAUUUAUGUUUGUUUGUAUAUUCAUGUCUAUUCGAUAAAUAUGUAUGCUAAAGUAGAGUUAUGGUGAAAAGCCAUGACCGAUGAAGUUCAACUGUGUCGAAUAUUGAAACAGUAAUUUAUUGUAGGCAAUAGAUGAGGAUCAUGCGGUGUUGUGAUUUAAUCGUUGGAUACAGUCUCAGUUAUCUGGAGGUUUAGCAUUCGCUUGUGAAACCAAUGUUCCUGAGUUCGGUUGUGGGAUACGAGGUGGCGGAUGUGUGCUGUCCCUGAGAAGUUCCAUACUAGGAUGAAACAGUCGUUCAGUAUUUGAAGAUUUUAAACGUUGGUCUAUUUAAGCCUAUUUGUGGUUUAAACUGUAAAAGUUCCUCAAUAUUUUAUGUUAGACGUAGAAGCGAAUAUACAUUUGAAGAUUUGUUGAGCAUUUCAUAUUUAUUGUCAACUAAACUGUUUUUUCAAAGUUUACAGAUCUUUUGAUCUUAUUGAUAAUCAUAAAUUGACUAAAGCUGAGAAAAUGGGUGUACGAAAGCUGGGGGUUUCAAGUAUGAUCUACUGUGAGAUUAUAGGUGUACUAUGUUGAUGAAUUUCAAACUAGGAUAGAAUUCAAAAGUUUGUUUCAAAGGUGGUGCAUGAAUGGUUUCAAAUUAUAUCUUCCACUGUUAGCUACAUAUUUUGAAUUGUUGUUAAUACUAGUUCUUAGUAUAGUUUGUAUUUUGUUCGCAGUGUCUAGUGAAAGACUCGCGUUUCAUUCUAUUUGGAACCUGUCAGUAGAUGUAACUGUAUGCCAGUGUUGAUGCUCACACUGACACUAUAUUGAGACACUGGAUUCAUAAUAGAAAUACGGCAAGAGAGAUUGGUCAGUUACAGUUAUGAAUAUGAUAAAGAAGUGAUUACAAACGAGGAUGUCACGGUGUUUGUUUGUUAAUUAAUGUUGAUGCAAGUGAAGACGAAGGGGGGCAUGUCUAUUCGAUAAAUACAUGUACUGAGAUAUUUAGUUUGUUAGUGGAAGUUGAAAACAAAAAACUUUCAGGAAUUACAUGAAAUAUUAAGGUCUGUUUUCUGAAAAUAACACAUUGAAUAGAACAAAAUUCUUCUCAGUCACUUAAGUAUUUUAAUGAUAAUCGUUUGGUGAUUUCGAUCGUCUUAUGUGUAGCUUCUUGUGUAUUUUGAUUUUGACAUUCACUGUCGAGAUUACUUCUCAUUGGAAAACUAUGUGUUCGCAAGAUCAUAGCGUAACAUUUGAGGUUAAGAAUAAAUUGAAGAAGGUAGUUAAAGAAGUUGAUUUUUGAGGACUUUCAAGGAUGUUUUUAAUAUUGAAGAUGUUGAUCAACAUGUGUACUAUCGAGUGUACACAAGUAAGACAACAGUAAGGUAUUUCUCUCAGACAACCAACUCUUGUCGCUAUACUGGCUUACAGCGGUGGGAUAAGGUUAGAAAAGUUUAAUUCUAAAAGAACCAUAACUUACCCUCUGACAACACAUCUAGUUUUGUUUACAAAAAGACCGUGUGAUCUUUUAGGUUCUUUGGUCUCAGGUCUUCAUGACCACUUCUAAACCAGUUUCUUUUUCAGCUCAUUCAGUGUGAAAUAUCUUCUCACUAUUUUAUUACAUUACAUUAAUUCGUUGAUCAGAUGCUUGGAUAUAUCACACUCCAAGUGUACCAUCCGGGUGCCUAAACUGAAGUUGACGAGGCGGAGUUCGAUUCAGGGAUAUAAUGGCUGGGAGUCGAAUUCCUUAAUCAAUAGGCCGCUACUUUACUAUGUUAGUUAUCAAAAAUUAACAAUAACAACCUUUAUCAUUUCUAACAAUACUUGUAGAUCCAACCUAGAAAUUUCCAUAUACAAUAGUUUCAACAUAAAUUUAUAUUAGUAGGGGUUUUUGUCGAUAUUAUAGUAAUUUGAAUAGUUGAGAUCAUGAAUCAAUUGAAUGUAGAUGGGACUGCUUAGGAGUCCUAUACUAGGAUGAAACAGCCAUCUAGUGCUUCCAGGUUUUCCAUAAUGGUCUAGUUUCAAUUGAUUCAUACAUUAAAAAUCAAACCCACUUAUUUCACUAUACUAUUUUGUGUUGUUUUUAUUUUCGUAGGUUCAUAGAUAUUAUCGAUCAUCUGGAGCAAGUUUACAUAAAGCUAAACUAGAAAUGGCCAAUGCAGGAGUAUUUGAACGUUCCGGAGGAUUCGGUGCAAUGCCAUAAUUGAAGAAAGAAAGAAAGAAAGGGAGAAAGAAGACAAUAAUAAAAUAGUGAACAGGCAAUUUUUAUAUUAAUCAGUAUACUUCUAACACAGUUUAAUCAAUAUGGAUACAGUUUUUUUUUAUAAAAAAAGUAACCGGACAUAUUCUGUCCUCACAUAUCCACCUUUAAAACCUCCAGUGAUAUCUUAUUUUUUCUCUCUCUCUCUUCCGUUCUCUUGUCUCUAUGCACAAUUUUGUUGUUGUUUUUCCCUGUUUGUUCGUUUUUUAACUUUUAAUUGUGAUUGUUUUUGUUAAGUUUUACAUGUAAAGAAUAAAUAACCAAAUUAAACUAACUAACUAACCAACUAACAUGUCACUAACUAAUGGCUGCGAGAUUGUUUUGUUUUGUUUUUUUAUUUUAUUCAAAAAUUCAUCUAUUUCCAAUGAUAAAUGCUCAUAUAUAUAUCCAUACAAACAAACACCCCCCCCGCCCCCCCCCCACACACACAUGCUCAUGCACAGUUUAAUAAUAACAUGACGAGUACUUUUCUGUUUUACGUUUUUUUAUUUAUUGUUAUAUUGAAAAUAAAGAAAGAGCCAAUCAUCUCUUCUUCUUCUUCUGUUUUUAACUCAUGGGUGUAUGGGUGGUAGUCUUCUUCUGUAUACUCAUAGUUGUCAUGGUCUUGUUCACUAUGAUCACCGACUUUGUUUACCUUCACCAUGAUUACUACUACUACGACUACGACUACUACCACUUUUCUCUGUUUCAAUCUGUCCAUUAUAUAUAUAUGAGUGCUUUUCAUAUGAUUUAGCUUUGGUUAGUGUGUUUGUUGGUUAAAUCAAAUGGAUUGUAUGGUAUUUUUCACACACACACACAUACAAACGAAAAAAAACUUGUUUCAUCAUGUGUUUUUUUGUUCUCUUCUUAACCCGUUUUCUUUUUGUUCUUCUUUUUAUUAUCAUCAUUAUCGUUAUGUAUUAACUUGACAGAAUUAAAACUAAAUAAAAAUCAUUCAU